CUUGUGUUCCUAGUGUUAUACUGUUGUGCGUGGUUUCAGUGAAUCCUUGAACUUUGCUUGAAGACCUGAUGAAGCAGCUGGAGACUCGCCAUGUGGAGCUAGCGUCCAGCCGUACAGGAGACGUCAGCCUGUGGGGUCUGUUGUGAGCUGCACUCGAAGAACGUUCCAAAGAGAUAGGAGUUCUUUCUUGUAUGUGUAGCACCCUGAUGUUGGCCUGCAGAUCAAUAUCAUGCAGACAUGUGGUGUUAAGGAAAGCAGCUAGGGGAGGGAACACCCGCUAUCUUUCUUCGAUACCAUUCAUGGCCUCAGUCAUGUUGGGCGAGAUAAAAUUAAGCAAGGCCUGGGCUCAGCUUCGUCGUCUACGCUGGAUGCCGGAUGGUGAUGGGCUGAUGGCUAGCCGGGAGGGAGACCCCAGAUCCGCCCUACGUGCUCUCACCAAGAUCCUGCCAAUCCCCUCUACACAUCGCGGUCAUCUGAGACAACAAGGCGGCCCGCCCGUCCCCUCUGCCCCUCUGCUCUGCAAGUUCCACCCAGCAAGCUGCUGCUGAAUUUCCGUUCAAACAAGGAGCAUUUCAAAAAGGCGGGGAUGGGCGCGAUGCGCUGCCGGGGACAAGCGACGGCGACGUCCUCGCCGCCGCACCCCGUAUAAAAAGGCCCGGCCAGUCCUGGGGACGAAGCGGGGGCGCACGGCGCAGCAAGCAAUCGACCGUCUUGGAGAUGGGGAGGCGUUCCGCCGCCGCAGCUUCCUUCGUCGCGCUGUGGCUUUUGGGCGCGCUGGUUGGCCACCGGACCGCGGCGGAGCCCGUCCGCGUCGGCGUCAUACUCGACCUGGCGUCCGCGGCCGGCAGGAGGUGGAAGACCAGCAUUCAGAUGGCGGUGGAUGACUACUACGCCAGCCACCCCAACUCGACCACGAGGGUCGAGCUCAGUUUCAAGGACUCCUCCGGCGAUGCCGUUGGCGCCGUUUCUGCCGCGAUGGACCUGAUCAAGAACGCGCAGGUGCAGGCCAUCAUCGACGGGGCGCAGACGGCCGGCGAGGCCGAGUUCGUGGCCCACAUCGCCGGCCGCGCCCACGUCCCCGUCCUCUCCUUCUCCGCCACCUCCGCGGCGCAGACGCCAUUCUUCGUGCGCACCUCGGCCGACGAGUCCUCGCAGGCUGCGCCCAUCGCCGAAGUCCUGGGCCACUACGGGUGGCACGCGGCGACUCUGCUGCAUGAGGACUCCCGCUCUGGCGCCGCCAUCGCCCCGGCGCUCGCCGACGCGGUCCGAGGCGUCAGAGCCAGCGUGGAGCACCGAGCGGCCGUGCCGGCCGACGCGUCCGACGACCGCCUCGACGCGGUGCUCUACCGCGUCGCGGCGAUGACGACUCGCGUGUUCGUCGUGCACAUGCCCCUUCCCCUGGCUCUGCGGCUGUUCCACAGGGCCAAGAACGCCGGCAUGAUGUCCGAAGGCUACGUCUGGAUCGCCACGGCCGGCGUGGGCGAAGUCGACGCGCUGAGCCCCGAGGACAACGACGCGAUGCAGGGUGUUCUCAGCGUCCGGCCUUAUGCGCCGCCUACGAGCCAGGUCACUGCCUUCGCGGAGCGGUUCAGAGCAAGGUUCCAGCAGGAGAACGAUGGCUCUCAAGACAUCCCAGACCCCACCGUGUCGACGCUCCGGGCGUACGACGCGGCAUGGGCAACCGCUGCUGCGGUUGAGGCGGCCGGGAUCUCCGGCUCGGCUUUCAAACCGCCGGAAGGAAGCACGGGUCCGACGGAGCUGGACCAGCUCGGCGUGUCAGCCACCGGCGAAAAAUUGGUCAAGGCUGUGCGUGACACAACAUUCGACGGGCUGGCUGGGAAGUUCACGCUGUUGAACGGGCAGCCGCAGACGCCGGCGUACGAGAUCGUGAACUUUGUCGCAGAGGGCCCCUGGACGGUGGGCUUCUGGAACACAAAGUCUGGGAUCUCACCGGAGUUCGCCGCCGGCAGCGGUGAAGGCUUGAAGGAAGUCCUUUUUCCCGGCGUGGACCAAUCGGACAUUCGGAUUCCGGACGGGUGGGCUUUCUCGCCGGCCGGGCAGGAGCUCGUCGUCGCCGUGCCGGUGAAACAUGGAUUCCAGCAAUUCGUGCGGGUGUACAACGACACGACAAGCAAUAGGACAAUGUUCUCAGGCUACUGCAUCGAUGUGUUCGACGCGGCCAUCAAGGCACUGCCGUAUCCGGUUUACUACCGGUACGAGCCAUUCUAUGGGAUUGGCAAUGGCAGCUCGGGAACUUACCAGCAACUGAUCGACCUUGUUCCCGAUCAGAAAGCUGAUGCUGUCGUCGGCGACGUGGCCAUCACGGUGAGCAGGAUGGGCGAGGUUGACUUCACCAUGCCGUUCACCGAGUCCGGGUGGACGAUGGUGGUGCCGGUGCAGUCGCAGGCGGCCACGGGCAUGUUCUUCUUCCUGAAGCCGCUCACCCCUGCCCUCUGGCUCGCCAGCCUCGGCGCCUUCAUCUUCACCGGCUUCGUCAUCUGGGUGAUCGAGCACCGGAUCAACCCCGAGUUCCGCGGCACGCCGCUGCAGCAGUUCGGCAUCAUCUUCCACUACGCCUUCUCCACCCUCGUCUUCGCACACAGGGAGAAUGUGGUGAGCAACCUGUCAAAGUUCCUGAUGGUGAUAUGGGUGUUCGCCGUCCUGAUCCUGACGUCGAGCUACACGGCCAGCUUGACAUCGAUGCUGACGGUCCAGAAGCUCAAGCCGGCGGUGACGGAAAUCCAUGAUCUCAUCAACAACGGCGACUACGUCGGGUACCAGGAGGGUUCCUUCGUCUACGGCGAGCUCCUGGAGAUGAACUUCGACCAGAGCAGGCUGAGGAGCUACACGACGCCGGACGAGUACGCCGACGCGCUGUCCAAGGGCUCCGACGACGGCGGGGUCGCCGCGGUGUUCGACGAGGUCCCGUACCUGAAGAUCUUCCUGUCGCAGUACUGCGACAGCUACACCAUGGCCGGCCCCGUCUACAAGGGCACCGGGUUCGGGUUCGCGUUCCCCAAGGGGUCUCCCAUGGCGCCGGAGCUGUCGCGUGCCAUCGUGGGCCUCACGGAAGGGGACGAGAUGGGGCUGAUCGAGAGGAAAUGGUUCGGCGCGCCGGGGACCUGCGGCGGCGACGGCGUGGACGCGUCCAACGCCAGCCUCACCCUGUGGAACUUCAGCGGGCUGUUCCUCAUCACCGCGGUGGCCGCCACGCUCGUGCUCAUCGCCUACCUCGCCAUGUUCGUCUACCGGGAGCGCCACGAGCUCCGGGCGGCGGAGCCCGGCUCCGGGAGCGUGUCGCUGAAGCGGGUCCGCGCGUGGCUGCAGCACUACGACCGCAAGGACAUGACGGCUCCCCACUUCAAGCAGCAGCUCUGGAGCGACUCGCCGUCGGCGAACGGCAGCAGCCAUGGGAAGAAGAGGGAGAGAGCAGAGCAGGAUGAAUCCCGGGAUUUCGGCGGCCCGGGGGCGUCUCCUCUCAGCGACCACUACCGCAUGGACUCGGCUUCGCCGCUGGAGCGGAAGGGGUCGGGCGAGUUCAGGACCCCGUUCGACCAGCGGACGGGGGAGGCAGCACUAGAGCGCAAGCCGUCGCUGAAGCUUCAGCAAAACACCGAGGAAAGAAAGAAGCUGCCUUUAUCCCCGUGAACUUGUUCGUGGAGGUGAAUCAAUGUUCUGAAACUCAGAUAAGAGGCAAAACGAUCAGUCACACGAUGAUCAAUGCUUUACCAAGAAGAAUACAUGUGUUUGAUAGGAUACGGUGCAAAAUGACAUAACUAGAACUACGUGAAGAUUAAGGUUAUGUGGGCGAUUAGAUGUACAUGAACUUUCAAUCCUGCCUAAUCUGGAUCAAGCAUGUGCAAUGUUAGGCAGAUGAGCGAACUCGUGCAAAGGUCGGGAAAAUGGUGAGUAACAAAUGGACACAGGUCAAAGGAACUAUGGCGUGCGAAAAUUGUAGUAGUUUUGGACCAGUCUACCAAACACAUGCUUUAAGAAACUGUCACAUUGACUGAUGUUUGGCUCACCACAAACUAAUCU